AUGGAGAGCAUUGGCGACUUUGAGUACAGUAAGAAGGACCUGAUAGGCCAUGGGGCCUUCGCAGUCGUCUUCAAGGGCAGGUUGAAAGCGAAACCAGAAGUUGCCGUCGCUAUAAAAAGCAUAACCAAAAAGAACUUGUCGAAAUCGAAAAAUCUGUUGGGCAAGGAAAUCAAGAUUUUAAAAGAGCUGAGCAACUUGCACCAUGAAAAUCUUGUCGGUUUAUUGACAUGUAUAGAGACCCAUUCACACGUCUACUUAAUUAUGGAGUACUGUAACGGGGGUGAUCUGGCUGACUAUUUGCAAAGCAAAGGCACGCUUAGCGAGGACACCAUUCGAUUGUUUCUUCGGCAGAUGGCCGCCGCUAUCAAAGCCAUAAAUUCUAGGGGAAUUGUUCAUCGCGACCUCAAACCACAGAAUAUUCUUCUCUGUAACUUGUCCAACAAGCCGAAUCCGCAGCCUAACGAAAUCCUUCUAAAAAUUGCUGACUUUGGUUUCGCACGGUUUUUGCAGGACGGCGUGAUGGCUGCAACCUUAUGCGGUUCGCCCAUGUACAUGUACUGUGCCAAGGCUGAUCUGUGGUCCGUCGGUACCAUUGUCUUUCAGUGUCUGACUGGCAAAGCACCUUUUCAAGUAACAGCGACAGACAAAGCGCAGACUCCGCAGGCACUGAAACAGUUCUAUGAAAAGAAUAAAAAUCUAAAGCCAAAUAUUCCUGAAACUGCUUCUGAGGAUCUGAAGGACCUGUUGUCAAAGUUAUUGAAGCGAAAUCCGAAGGAUCGUAUCGAGUUCUGUAAGUUUAUUAGUUUCUUUCCUGCCAGUCGUAGCAGCGCCAACAGCUUUUUUCUGCAUCCAUUCUUGAAGGAACCUCCUGCGCUCAAAUCGCUCAUUCCUGAACUGAGCGUCGUCGAUCAGCUCAACAACUUGGCACUGAUGGAGGGUAGCUCAGAAAGUGGCAACGAUACCGACUGUUCCUCACGCGACCCGUUGUUUCCACCGAACUCUGCUGGUUGUUCGUCGACGACGGCGGUGCCCGGUUCAUCGAAAAUGAUCAGUGGUCAGUCGUUUGCAAGGCCAUCGCCGAGUGCCGCUGCUGCUGCGCCAAAUCAGGAUGCGUUGGAUGUAGAUAAUGAUUUCGUUAUUGUUUCGAAUAUGCCUUCAUUUCUCAAAGCUACAAGAGAAACGGAAGAAAGGUUACAUUCGGUUUCGCCAGCCAUUCAGACAACCCAGGCAAAGAAUCACUCUGUUUGCCACGUAGUUCGACCGGUAAGUUUUCCGCUGUCCCUCAAUCAUUCACGCCAGGGUGACAUAAAGAGUCGGCGAUUUCGUCAUCCAUCUCAACCGAUGCCCGUUCCGGCGCAGAAGGAUAACUUUAUGCAGAUGGAGGCCAGGCGACUGGAGAGGUUGGAAUCUGAAAACAGUUUGAACAGGAAUUCGGCGUUACUUCCAGGAGUGAAAAAGUUUACCUCUCGGUCUUCACAGAAUCAUAGUUCUGAUGAAAGUACACCUACUCUGGAAACCUGCCAAAAGCAGCCGGCACAGUCUGGCAUCAAGGUGCCUUCCGUCGCCGAAAUCAUUCCUCCAAAAAGUAAGUUUGCUCUUGUUGCAUUUUACUAAAG